CCUUUCCUCCUCUCACUAUAGCUACGCCCCUGAAUGUACCUAUAAAGGCAAUUUGUAGGUUUAUCUGAUUUCACAAGGAAAGGGAGGCAAAGAGGAAGAAAGAGUUGUUUUUCAGGUACAUACCUACUUCAUUUAUUUAAGGUCAAUCAAUCUACUUCGCGAAAACACUCAUCCUGAUAGUCUCUUGUCCUGCUGUAUCUUAAUUCAUUAGAGCAAAUUUUAGUGUUGAAAGUUAAAUUUAAUAAAAAAAAUUAUUCGAGCUACUUUUUAAAGAGUAUUUUUUGCAAAGGAAUUCACCAUGAAAUCAAUCGUGUUUGCUGCGGUGUUCAGUUCUGCCUUAGUAUUUGUGCUAGGUCAGCUAGAUUCAGCAGAACAGGCUGAAAUUCAUAAAAAAGUAGAAAAGAUAGAAGAAGAUGCCAUCAAAUUUUGUAACGAACUUUAUCCAGUCUCUGAAGAUAUGCAUUUAAAAUUUGCAAGAUCCGUCGUUAGAGGAGAACCAUUCCCAAUUGAUUUGCAUUCAGAAGAGACGUGUCAUCUGAAUUGUUAUCUGGAUAAACUUGGAUUUACUGAUGAGAACGGCGAAAUGGAUCCUGGCAAGAUGUACGACUUGAUGGUUGAAAAACUUCCUGAAUUAAAAGUCGACAAGCAAAUACUCCGAAUUUUCUUAUUCCAAACUUAUCGUUUCAUUAACGGUAUGACUGAUAAAUGUGAGAGGGCUUACUUGGUAUAUUAUCGAUUUGUUCAAGCUAUACUGAUGGCUACUAUAGAAACCAAUUUUCACGCCCAAGCCGACGACGUAGAAAAGUUCGUGUUUGAGGUGUUGGAUGGCAAAAGCAUGCCGAAAGAAUUUGACGAAGCCAUGGAACAAUCCUUAAAAAAUACCGAGUUAUUCUUCGAUCUUGCAAUUUUAAAAUGAGAAAUCUCAGUGAUCAAAUAUCAUGUAUUACUGUACUCACUUACUGUUUUCAAUCGUGUAUUCUUAUUCAACUUACCUAAUUUAAGAAAUCGUGCAAUUACCUAAUAAAAU